CUCAUCUGAAUACAACACAGUACAUUCCCAGGUCAGCACCCUUUGCUAGAAACUAGUAAAACUCCAAUGGCGUCCCAAAUUGAGAGCCACCGCUCCGGCGCAGAGGUUGUCACCGGAGACGCCAUCUGCAAGAAGAAAUCCAUCGAGCUGCUGGAAGAGCUCGGCCUCCCCAAGGGCCUCCUGCCCAUGGAGGACGUCCAGGAGUUUGGGUACAACCGCGCCACGGGGUUCAUGUGGCUGGUGCAGAGGAAGAAGAAGGUUGAGCACACGUUCAAGAAGAUCAAGCAGACCGUGUCCUACGCCACUGAGGUAACGGCAUUUGCUGAGAAGGGCAAGCUGCGGAAGAUCACUGGCGUCAAGACCAAGGAGCUGAUGCUCUGGCUCAGCGUUGUUGAUGUCUAUGUUCCCGAGGCCUCGCCGGAGAAGGUCACCUUCAAGACCGGCACUGGCCUUUCUGAUAGCUUUGAUGCCACUGCCUUUGCGCUCGGGGAGUAAACACAGAUUCAGUUACUUAAUUAGAAAUGAUGCCGGUUGCGUAAUCGUACUAUCUAUAAUCUAUGUUGAUGGUGCUACAUAUGUAUGAUGCAAUAUCUGUCCUUCUUUGUUUUUGUGUUGGAACGAUGCACGUAUAAGUAUGUUUCUUAUUACCCGUAUGGAGUUUGUAACUUUGUAUC